CUAUGGAGAAUCCUUGAGCUAACUCUUUCUAUAUACUCCUUCCGAUCCUAAAUAAACCUCACACUUUCAUUUUUGGGGGUAUGCUGGGAAAGUCAAAAACAAAAAUUUCACUUUCUUAAAAACCGUAAAAUCAAACUAUGAAGUUUAUUUAUCACUAUAGAGAGUAUAUGUCACCAUGUAGCUUGAAAGAAAAUUGCAGUCCUUUUUGUUCCGAAGGCAUGUCUUCAUAAUUUUCAUGGCAAAAAAUGAUCACUCUAUUAUUGCAGUUGAUAUUGGACGAGUCAGUAGAAGGCGACGUAUUCUAUCAACAAGAGGAUCAGUUAUUCACUUUCGAGUCUUCGUCAUUACUGCACACAAGUCCACAAGUGUUGAUGCUUUCUUCAACUCUAGAUUUUGUUUAGCAUUAUAUUUGAAAUGCCUUAGCCGAAUCCUCAAGUGUUCCUUUCCAUUGUAGAAAGUUAUCACGAUAAAAUUUGUUCACAAGUUUGCAUUUGUACUCAACUUGAAAAGACUUAUAAUCUUCAUGGGUGACUUGGUUGCACAGAGCAUAUCCCCUCUCAUACCUUCAAAUAAAUACACCUGGAAAUUCUAUUGCACAAUUCUCACCCAGGGAUAGAACAAAAGUAAGACCUUCCCAAAAUGAAACAAUUUUAUAAAAUGAAAUUCAUUAGUGUAAUUAAUAGUUCAAUUGGCUCUCAUUUGGAAGUACACCUCAUUAUGUACCAUUUUAUUAUCCUUUUGCACCUUGGUUGUUGCUUGUGUGCAUACUUGUGCUGUUAAGUAGACCUCAACAGAAUGAGAGAUGCACUUGAUUCCCAAGGCAUAGUAGCUUGAAUGCAAUGGACGAGAGGUGGGAUGAGACAUUUUUCUUUACGGAUAAGCAGAUCAACCAUCUCAAAGAAGAAAUGGGUUUGGUGGAGAGGGUGCUUCACAAAAUGCAUAACUGAGUAUGGAUUGCUCAAAGUGAAAUCUAUAGAAUUAAAAUGAAAGCAAAAGAACCGGAAGAGUUCUUGUGUUUUUGUGGUGCAUUUAUAAAUCUUUUGUGUUUGUGGUGCAUUUAUAAAUCUUUUGUGCAUAUUGUGUGUGUCGUCAAACAUCCCUGUGUUGUUCCAGCCACAGCAGUUGUGAAGCCGGCAUGCUUGAAAGGAUGCAUGGAGAUUGGAGGGGGCUCAUUUGAGGAGGUUGUUCCUGAUAAAUAUAAGGCUGUUUUUACUUGGACUGAUUCACUGAUCUGGUCGUCUAAUAAAUAUUUUCUCUCUGUGUAUUUCAUAAUUGUCCAAGUCUGGUCUGGGACUAAUAAUAAUCCGAGUAAAAACAUCCUAACAACAUAUUAUGAUUG